ACGGUGAAGGAGCACUUCCGGGAUUGUGGGAGCAGCUCGGCGGCAGCUGUGGCGGCGGUGAGGAAACGGAGACGCAGGUGGCGGUGAACUAACUUCCCACAAUCACUGCAGCACAGACAGAGUUGGAAGAAAGUCGUUUUAACUCCAGAGGCCCUGCUCUUAGUAGCCAAACUAAACCGCCUUCCAUUUUGGUGAUGAUCUAAUCAUGUCGGAAAAAGAUGAUAUUGAGACUCCAGUGAUAGCGGAAGCAACCCCCACCCUUGAAAAUGGGAACUCUGAGCCAGCCAAGAAUUCUGAGUGUGUUGACCAAAGUGCCAAGCCGGAGAAUAAACCAGAACCUGUAGUUUCUACUCGGAAAAGACCAGAGUCCAAACCUUCCAGUGACCUUGAGUCUUCAGAAGUUCCCCCUGUUCAAGCAUCACUGGCUGCAGGCAAAGAGACUGUUUCCAAAGAUGAACCCCAGACCGGAUGGGGCUAUUGGGGCAGCUGGGGCAAGUCCUUACUCUCUUCAGCUUCAGCUACAGUCGCCACAGUAGGACAAGGUAUUUCAAAUGUCAUUGAGAAGGCAGAGACUUCCCUUGGAAUCCCUAGUCCUAGUGAAAUUUCAACGGAGGUCCAAUAUGCAACAGGAGAGACAAAUGCCAAAGAGAAUGAAAAGUCCUCCCCGAUGACUGGACCAUUUGGUGUAUUCUCAACCAUCUCUACUGCUGUUCAUAGCACAGGAAAGAGCGUUAUCAGUGGGGGUUUGGAUGCCUUAGAAUUCAUCGGGAAAAAGACAAUGGAUGUAAUAGCAGAAGGGGAUCCUGGAUUUAAAAGAACCAAGGGUCUGAUGAACCGGAAUUCUACGCUGUCACAGGUUUUACGAGAGGCGAAGGAGAAAGAAGAGCAGUGGACCUCCAGUGAGGUCACCAUGGAAAGGGACAAGAAAAAUCAUUAUGGACUACUCUUUGAUGAAUUUCAAGGCCUUUCACAUCUAGAAGCUCUGGAGAUGCUUUCCCGAGAAAGUGAAAUAAAGGUGAAAUCCAUCCUUAAUUCUCUAAGUGGAGAAGAAUUAGAGACUCUAAAACUUGAAUUGGAGCAACUGAAAGAAGCAUUUUCCCUAGCAGAGUUUUGUGAGGAAGAGGAGGAAGAGGCAAAAGGGGAUGAAGACUUUACCAAAGAGAUAACAGAGCUCUUUUCCCAGCUGCAUGUCUCCUCCAAACCAGGGAAACUUGCCAGAGCAAGAAAUACAGCCCAUGAAUGGAUCAGGACAGCUCUGGCCAAGCCAUUAGAAGAGAAGGAAGAAGGAGAAAACCGUUUGGAAGGAGAAAAAACGGAGCAAAUCAAUAAAAAUUCAAUAGAGGAUAUCCAUGCAUUUGCAAUCCGGAGCCUAGCAGAACUGACUGCCUGCUCAAUUGAACUGUUUCACAAAACAGCGGCUCUGGUUCUGCAUGGUGAGAAGCAGGAAGUGACAGCCAUAGAGAGGAGCAGAACCCUUUCCCAGGUGACAAUUGUAUUGUGUAAAGAGUUGUCCUCUCUGUCUAAAGAGUUCACCACCUGCCUAACAACUGCCGGGGUCAAAGAAAAGGCAGAUAUCCUUAAUCCGUUAAUUACUGCAGUAUUUUUAGAGGCAUCAAAUAGUGCUUCCUAUAUUCAGGACGCCUUUCAGCUACUCUUCCCUGUGCUGGAGAUCUCGCUCAUUGAGAGCAAGUCUGAACCAAAGGCAUGAGCUGCAGCAGGCCUGGAGGCCUUUGUCAGAACAUUGAAGAACAGAGAAAAUUCAACCUGAGACUUGUGAUGGCCAGGAAAUGCUACUGUAUUUUGGGUACCCUUGCAGAAGUGAGGGAGGAGGGUUAUUUUAGUAUAUAAAAAUUCAGGCAAGGUAGCAGGUUUACAGGUUGUUUGUUGCUUUCGCUGCUUGGCUGAAGUAUCCAAGGUUCUCACACUACUCUUCCCCGUUGUUUUAAUUAAUAAAUUAUUUAAAGGGAAGCUUUUAUAAGAAAGUUCAAAAAUAAUAGUUCGAGGUUAAGGUUAGUGGUACACUCAGGCAAAAAUAUUGAUCUUUUUUUGACGAUCGAUGCAAAAUGCUAACUUUUGUCAUGGAUAUGAUUUUGCAGCCCAUGGAUAUAAUUGGUUGUUAAGCAAGAGAAAAAGAACUUAAUUUAGUAUUCUAUUAGAAUUCACAUGCUUGAUCUAUUAAUGCCAUGUACUUUCUCCUUUCUAAUAAAAUCUAUGGCCCUAAGAAAACUGAGUAUAUAUAAACUCUGUAAUGAUUACCCGUUAUGACAUGAAUUCUUGGAAUUGGUUAGAAAGUUUCAUCUGCUCUUUAAUUCUCAGCAGAUCUUGGCAUUGAGGAGAAACUUACAGAAUAUACUGUAGCCACAUGAAUUAACUAUUGCAAAGUGCCCUUUGGCUUCAAGUUGCUCUCCCACCCCAAAAUGACAAGCUCCAAGUUGUAGUUGACCCAUACUCAAUUGAGUUCAAGACCAGUAAGUGCAAUUUAGAGAAAUAGUUGGCAUGUUUGCAGAUAUGCUGAGUCUCUCCAGGAUGUCUUUCGUGCAUACCCCAUGUGCAGGAUACAUUCUGUAAUGGCCAGCUCCAGAGGAGUGUUGAAGCGCUUUUAGUAAUGGGGUUUUGUUGUUUGAAUAUUGAGAUGGCCUGAAGAGUCCCAUAGAAAAGAUAUGCAUUGAUAACAGGAUUUAACCUGUAAGACACAGUAUAUUUUCCUCAUUCCUUUUUGUUUGUUUCAAUGUAUUUGUUAGCACAGUUGUAAAUACAACUUUUAUCCUUCAGAUAUUUCAGCAUUCUUUUUGCUCUCCUCAACAGUUUAAGAGACUAAAAGUGUAUUAUCGUCCGAAACGUUAUUUUGGUAUUCACUUUUUUUAGAAAAAGUUCUCCAACUUUGUGGUUUUCAAUGAUUCAGUUUAACUUUUGUGAGUUCUGCCACUCAUCUUCUAAAGUUUUAAAAUAAAAUUUAAUAAUCAUGUCAA